AUGGACAUGGCAGGCAGCAUGCAGAUCUCCACACUUGGAGCAGCAGGGCAUAUUGGAAUUGGAGGCAACACCAUACCGCCUGCUGGACCGGGAGAGGUUGUUGCGGAAACGAUGGAGGUCCCUGAUCAUUGUGUCGGAUUGGUAAUUGGCCGAGGUGGUGAGCAAAUCUCCCAAAUCCAGUCUCAAACAAAUUGUCGCGUUCAAAUGUCUGGUGAAUCUGAUUCAAAUAGGAUGCGGCAGUGUACUUUACAGGGCAGUAAAGCAGCAGUGGACAAAGCUAGAUCUUUAAUUAAUGAUGUGAUUCAACGUGCUGGCAAUCGUCCACCGCCAAACCGUCCGGGUCACACCUUUGAGGCUAAUAUGGGAGGUGCAAAUAGGCAAAUUACUUUCGAAAUGUCCAUCCCGGGAGCAAAGUGUGGUUUGGUUAUUGGGAAAGGAGGCGAAACGAUCAAAAAUAUACAAGAACAAGCUGGCGUGAAGAUGGUGAUGAUCCAGGAAAGUCAGGAUAGUGGUACAAUGCCUAAACCUCUCAGAAUAAUUGGCGAACCAGAAAAGGUCGAAAAUGCCCGCCGUUUAGUGGAAGAAAUUUUGCAAUCUCGUGAGGAUCAUCCUCCUGGUGGCCAGCGCUUCGGUUUUCCUGGCGGACAGUAUGGAAUAGGUCAACGUUCGGUUGGCGAAGUAAUUGUUCCGCGUGCUUCUGUUGGAAUGAUCAUUGGGAAAGGCGGAGAAACUAUAAAGCGAUUAGCUGCUGAAUCUGGUGCAAAAAUUCAGUUCAAGCCUGAUGAAGAUCAAACGACUGCAGAUCGUUGUGCCGUAAUUCAAGGUACUUCAGAACAGAUUGCUAAAGCUACUCACUUUAUAUCGGAACUCGUCCACAAGAGUGGAGCUGGUGGAGGUUCUGAAAUGUUUUAUAUGCAUGUUCCUUCGAAUAAGACUGGUCUUGUUAUUGGAAAGGGAGGAGAAACGAUUAAACAGAUAUGUGCUGAGAGUGGAGCUCAUGUGGAACUGUCUCGUGAUCCUCCUCCGAAUGCUUCAGAAAAAGUUUUUAUCAUUAAGGGGACCCCGUACCAGAUACAUCAUGCACAGCAUAUUAUUCGUAUCAAAGUGGGGGACAUUUCGCCAGGAACCCCAGUUCCACAAUUCCACGUCCAAGGAGCUCCAGGUACUGCAGGAGAUACGUAUGGCGUAGGUCAAGCUGCUGGCCCAGCAGGACCUCAAGGAUAUGGCAAUGGAACUAAUCAGUUUGGGGCUGCGGGUGUCGGUGCACAACCUGCUGGACAAUGGAAUAACAACUUCGGUCACCAGCAACCUGAUCCUUCGCAAGCUGCCUGGGCGCAACAGUACUAUGGGCAACAAAGCCAACAACAAACUGGUUAUCAGCAGCCUGGAUACAGUACACAGUUUCAACAGCCAGGAGCUCAGCCACAAGCUGCACAGACUAGCGCUGCUCCUACUGUGAAUCCUCAGACAGGUCAACCGGAUUACAGCGCACAGUGGGUCGAGUACUAUAGGAGUAUGGGUAUGCAUGAGCAAGCAGCACUGAUUGAAAAUCAAUUGAAGCAAAAUGCGGCUGCGGCAGCUGCAGCAGCCCAGCCUGCGGCGCAACCUGCACGCCCUGCGCAACCAACUUAUGCCGGUUAUGGCGCACAGCCGGUUUCUGGCGCGCAGAAUCAGUUUAGUUAUGGUGGUCCUCCCCAGGCUCAGCCUCAGGCUGGAUAUCAGUUCCCACAACAGUACUAG